UAGCUUCCUUAUAAAGCAACACUUCUUUCUUCUUUCUCUCUUCACUUUUCUUUUUUUCACCUUUUCUCACCCUUCCCAAACAAAACAAUAACAGAGGAGACUCACAAGUCACAACACAAUGUGCGACUCAGAUCUUCCUGUCUCUCGUUGUUCUUCCUACGAAGCUGACGUUGAUUCCGACAGCGAGAUCUCUACUACCUCCAGCUUCAGUUCUUGUUCUUACAGUGGAUCUGAUGAAGAAGAAGAGUUCGACAAUGGUUUUGGUGUUGCUCGGUCCAAGAAGCAGACGAAGAAGCUGGAGAAGAAGAAGAGCAAUGUGUUGUUAGAAGGCUACGUUUUAGAUUCAGCGGUCAACGAUGAUUUGAAGAGAACCAAGAGUUUAACUGACGAUGAUCUCGAGGAGCUUAAGGGUUGCGUGGAUCUUGGAUUUGGUUUCAACUACGAGGAGAUCCCUGAGCUUUGUAAUACUUUACCUGCUCUUGAGCUUUGUUACUCCAUGAGUCAGAAGUUCAUCGAUCAAGAUCAUCAUCACCAUUACCAUUCUUCUUCUUCUUCUUACCCGGAGAAGAAAUCUUCGGUUCUUGAUUCUCCUGUAAGUCCUAUUGCUAGCUGGAAGAUCUCUAGUCCUGGUGAUAAUCCAGAUGAUGUUAAAGCAAGGUUGAAAUUUUGGGCACAAGCUGUGGCUUGUACUGUGAGAUUAUGUACUUGAUGAAGAGAUUUGGAUUUUGAUCAAUCAAAAAGUUGAGGAAUCAACGGACGGGGGAAGGAAGAUGAUUGAACAAGUUUGCAGGAGUGAAAUCUCUUUAUGAGACUGGACCUGCUUGGAUACACACCCAUUGUUGUAAAGCUCUUUGUUCUGACUGUGUGUAUAAAAUGAUUAAUGAUCAACCAAGAUUUUGCUUAGGACAUUGUUGUAAUGAAUGAUUUGAUAAUAAGAGGAAAUAAAUGAAAACAGCUGUGUUCUUUA